UCGCACUCGGCUUGCUGCAGUAUCACGUGCAGCCGCGCCGGGUGCAGGAUGGCGGCGGCGGCCGCGGCGGCAGCAGCGCUGGGUGUCAGGCUCCGGGACUGCUGCAGCCGGGGCGCCGUGCUCCUGCUCUUCUUCUCUCUGUCACCUCGGCCCCCGGCCGCUGCUGCCUGGCUUCUGGGUCUGCGGCCCGAAGACACUGCUGGAGGCCGUGUGUCCCUGGAGGGGGGCACCCUGCGUGCGGCCGAAGGCACCAGCUUCCUCCUGCGGGUCUACUUCCAGCCUGGGCCGGCGGUCUCCGCCGCGCCUGUGCCAGCACCUUCCCUGGCCCCGGGGGAGAACGGCACGGGCGACUGGGCCCCACGACUCGUGUUCAUCGAGGAGCCCCCCGGUGCGAGCGGCGUGGCGCCCAGCGCGGUCCCCACGCGUCCCCCGGGACCGCAGCGCUGCCGCGAGCAGAGCGACUGGGCGUCGGACGUGGAGGUCCUGGGGCCCUUGCGCCCCGGGGGCGUGGCGGGCUCGGCCCUGGUCCAGGUGCGGGUGCGGGAGCUGCGUAAGGGCGAGGCGGAGCGCGGCGGCGCGGGCGGCGGCGGGAAGCUCUUUUCGCUGUGCGCCUGGGACGGGCGCGCUUGGCACCACCACGGCGCGGCCGGCGGCUUCCUGCUGCGCGUCCGCCCGCGGCUCUACGGCCCGGGUGGGGACCUGCUGCCGCCCGCGUGGCUGCGAGCGCUCGGGGCGCUCCUGCUGCUGGCCCUGUCCGCCCUGUUCAGCGGCCUGCGCCUGAGCCUGCUCUCGCUGGACCCGGUGGAGUUACGGGUGCUGCGGAACAGUGGCUCGGCCGCCGAGCAGGAGCAGGCGCGCCGUGUGCAGGCCGUGCGCGGCAGGGGGACCCAUCUGCUCUGCACCCUGCUCCUGGGCCAAGCCGGUGCCAAUGCCGCGCUGGCCGGCUGGCUGUACGCCUCGCUGCCGCCGGGCGUCGGGGGUCCGGGGGAGGACUACGGCGAGGCGGGGGUUCACUUCCCGUGGCUGCCCGCGCUCGUGUGCACCGGCGCGGUGUUCCUGGGAGCCGAGAUCUGUCCCUACUCGGUGUGUUCGCGGCACGGGUUGGCCAUCGCCUCGCACAGUGUGUGUCUGACCCGGCUGCUCAUGGCUGCCGCCUUCCCGGUGUGCUACCCGCUGGGCCGCCUCCUGGACUGGGCGCUGCGCCAGGAGAUCAGCACCUUCUACACGAGGGAGAAACUGCUGGAGACGCUGCGGGCCGCGGACCCUUACAGCGACCUGGUGAAGGAAGAGCUCAACAUCAUCCAGGGUGCCCUGGAGUUGCGCACCAAGGUGGUAGAGGAGGUGCUGACCCCCCUUGGGGACUGCUUCAUGCUGCGCUCCGAUGCUGUGCUUGACUUCGCCACUGUAUCCGAGAUCCUCCGCAGUGGCUACACUCGCAUCCCAGUGUAUGAGGGCGACCAGAGGCACAACAUUGUGGACAUUCUGUUCGUCAAAGACUUGGCCUUUGUGGACCCGGACGACUGUACCCCGCUGCUCACAGUCACCCGCUUCUACAACCGGCCCCUGCAUUGCGUCUUCAAUGAUACCCGGCUGGACACGGUGCUGGAGGAGUUUAAGAAGGGAAAAUCUCACCUGGCCAUUGUCCAGAGAGUGAACAAUGAAGGCGAAGGAGACCCUUUCUAUGAGGUGAUGGGCAUUGUCACACUGGAGGACAUCAUAGAAGAGAUCAUCAAGUCAGAGAUCCUAGAUGAAACUGACCUCUACACUGACAACCGGAAAAAGCAGAGGGUCCCGCACCGGGAGAGGAGGCGCCAUGACUUCUCUCUGUUCAAGCUUUCAGACUCGGAGAUCAGAGUGAAGAUCUCGCCACAGCUGCUUCUCGCCACGCACCGCUUCAUGGCCACAGAAGUGGAGCCCUUCAAGUCUCUAUACCUUUCGGAGAAGAUCCUGCUCCGGCUACUGAAACACCCCAAUGUGAUCCAGGAGCUGAAGUUUGAUGAGAGAAACAAGAAAGCCCCCGAACAUUACCUCUACCAGCGCAGCCGCCCUGUGGACUAUUUUGUGCUGCUUUUACAGGGUAAAGUGGAAGUGGAGGUUGGUAAGGAAGGCCUUCGCUUUGAGAAUGGAGCCUUCACCUACUACGGUGUUCCAGCCAUCAUGACCACAGCUUGCUCAGAUAAUGACGUGCGGAAGGUUGGAAGUCUGGCUGGAUCCUCUGUCUUUCUAAACCGGUCCCCUUCUCGAUGCAGCGGCUUGAAUCGCUCUGAGUCUCCAAACCGAGAGCGCAGUGACUUUGGUGGGAGCAACACGCAGCUGUACAGCAGCAGCAACAACCUCUACACACCCGACUACUCGGUGCACAUCCUCAGUGAUGUGCAGUUUGUGAAGAUCACACGACAGCAGUACCAGAAUGCACUCACGGCCUGCCACAUGGACAGCUCGCCCCAGUCCCCAGACAUGGAAGCCUUCACUGAUGGGGACUCCACCAAGGCCCCCACGACCCGGGGCACACCCCAGACUCCAAAGGAUGACCCAGUCCUCACACUCCUGAGCAACAGGACCAGCUUGCCGUGCAGCCGCUCAGAUGGUCUGAGAAGCCCCGGCGAGGUCGUAUACCUGAGGAUGGAGGAGAUGGCCUUCCCCCAGGAAGAAAUGACCAGCUUUGAGGAGCACAAGACACACCAGCUCUCGCUGUCCCCUGCAGCUGUUCCCACAACAGCAGCUUCCGAGGCUGAAUGCUGUAACAUCCACCUGGAGCCAGAGGCCAGCCCCUGCAGCAGCGACUCUGAGGAAACCAUGGGCAAGAAGCUGCUGAGAACCUUGAGUGGUCGGAAAAGGAAGAGGUCAGCAGAUGGAGAGAGAGCCUCCGAGGAAAACUCCAAUUUAACACCUCUGAUCACAUGAUGAGGGGAAGACCUCAUUGGCUGGGUGUGAGAUUGCAAGGCUUUGGGGGAAGAGUCACCCUCCCAUCACUUGCUUCCCCCAAGGCCUCCCACCGGUGACAGAACACUCUGCCCUCCACCUUACACCCUUCUCAGUCAGUUUGGCGAGUUUCCCAGUUGUCCCCAGUGUGACACAGAAGGAGAUGCCUGUAAUGGAAGAUGCUAGACGUGGUCUCGUCCAUAGCAUAGUCCAGGACUGGCAGGGAGGUGACUCCAAGCUGACAAAGCCACUCUGAGGCUCCCAGUGAUAUUCUUUGUUCUUUGGUGUCCUUGAGCCACAGGACACCCAUGUCCUGGAACCCACCAUGCUUUCUUCCAGAACAAAAUAACCCUUUCUACCAUAGUUCAUGCUUAGCAGUAACUCGGGAGGUGAUGCAGACAGAGAGGUGUAUUAGAGUCUAGAGGAGCAGGUACGAAGAUCAGUUCCAGGGAUGGACAAGGAUUCUUCCACCAGAAUUUCAGAGUGUGGGACUCACUGUCAGUGCCUGGAUUCUCUCUGAAGCCUGGGGAAGGGCAAGAGAGGAAGCCUUGGGUCACUGUAUCUCCCCAGGACGUGUGAGUUUGGGCUUCCAGUAAUUAAUCUCUCAAUAAGCCUGCUUCACAAGGGGAGGAUCAGGGAGCACAGAGACCAAGUUGUGAGCCAGACGUGGAACUUCAGGUUUUAAGUGAAAAUCAAAGCAGGAAAAAAAAAAGAUGUACAUGAAAAAGAUUGUUAAGUUACAGUGAGUUUAGCCAUGAUAAACCAAAGAGUGCCCAGUUCAGCCAGGAAGGAUCCGUGCUGUCACGGGACUUCAGUGUGCUUGACACAGGAAUGUUGAAUGCUCGCUUUUCUUUUUCACAUAUCCCCACUGUCAGCCGCUUACUAUAUCCCUUGCUGGUCAGCUAAGUAUUCCAAAAAUUUACUAGAUCCAGGGGGUUUUAGUCCUGGAUGUUAAGGCAGAUGCAAUUCCAAUCACAACCACAAGAUGGCAGAGUGAGCAUGCAUAUCUACUCCUAAGACUAAUGUAGGUAUUGGGGAACGCAGCCAGCCUAAGGGAAAACAUAAGUCAAGUUUGAGUUAUUUGAGUUUCUGAUUUAUUUCCCAGCCCUUGCACACCUCCAGUCAGUACCCAGAGAUGCAGUUCUGCCUGCUGCAUCUCCAAGCCAUUCCCAAGCCACCUUUUCCCCUCCCCCACUCAGUCACAGGCAGAUGGACAGCUGACAAUUCCUCUACGUUAUCUGUGUCUCAAAGGAAAAUGAUUGCCCACAGGAACUUUACUUAACUCAGGGGUUGUUAACCUGGGGCUGUUACUCCAGGGGAGUCCGUAGUUUGACUUCAGAGGGCCUAUGAAGCCCUUAAAACUGUCGGAACUUAGCGUUUUUGUGUGUUUUCCAGAGACUUGAAGCUUUCUUAAUAUUCUCAAAGUUCCCAGACCCACAAAGGCUUUUAAUAGUUUUAAAUAGUGGAACUUUCAGCCCGGUGUUUCUGCAAUGCAGAGUGAAUAUUGGACACUUUGAGAAUGGUGUUUAAUUGUAAGUGGUCAAGCGUUCUUGUGAAUGGGGGAAGGCUGGCACCCACCAAGACAGGGUCCUCAGAAAUCCUUGGCACACCACACAGUAUGGUACAACCUACAUCCCAUGUAACUUUUGCCCAUUGUCUACCAAACCACAGUUGGUAUUGCCAAGAGGGCCCCGGCCGACGGGAGGGAAGACUGGAGCCAGGGUGCCUCGUCUGUGUGUGUGUCCCUGACUUCACAAGCCCCUUGCUUAGCCUGGCUGGCCUGAGGCUCAGCCAUGCAUGUGUUCUAGCUAAUUCCAUAGCCACCACUCCCUGUCUGCUCCUGCCUGGUCAGGAUAGAUAGUGCCAGCACUCAGUGCUGGGGGUCUCGGACCUAGGCCAGUAAGUGAUGAGUUUUGAACGAGAAUUCGCAAGGGAGCCUGCUGGACAAACAACGCUCCCUCUCAUUAUCCCUUAGGCCACCAGCCCAGGCCACUGCUGUUGCAUUAUCCCCUCCCCCCGCAGAACCUCUAAGGAGCCUGUCACCACUCCUUAUCUCCCAGACCCCCACAUUUUCUUCAGGUUAAAAUAAAUUUUAAAAAAAGAUUUUAAAAUAAAGCAUUUA